GACGAUUAGCCGAAGAUGAUCAAAUUCCAUUAAAAUAUCCACUCGUUGAAACACCAACUUCUUCAUAUUCUGAAAGAACCGAAUGGAAUAUUCGGGAUUCCGAUGCCACUUUGAUUAUUUUAAUUACCACUGAAUCAUCACCUUGUCAUGGAACGUCUUUAACUAUUGAAAAAGCUAAGGAACUUCAUAAACCC